GUAAUUAACACCCAUUGGGGGUGGAUGUGAUGAGGAAAUAUGGCAACUGCUGCCCUUGUAGAGAUAAAUUUCUCAGACUUGGAGUUUUUUGAAAGAUGUGGCGGGGGUUCAUUUGGCAGCGUUUACAGGGCCAAGUGGAUUUCUAUAGACCAAGAAGUUGCUGUCAAGAAACUCCUGGUGUUAGAAAAAGAAGCUCAGAUUCUGAGUCUUUUGAGCCAUAGAAAUAUCAUCCGAUUCUUUGGAGCUGUGACUAAGGCACCUAACUUCUGCUUAGUAACUGAAUAUGCCAGCUAUGGAUCACUGUAUGCCUUCCUUCAGAAACCAGACAAUAUUCUAAACUUUAACCACAUUUUACAAUGGGCCAGAGAAAUUGCAUUAGGAAUGAACUAUCUACACAGUGAAGCACCAGUUAAGGUUAUUCAUAGAGACCUGAAGUCAAAGAAUGUGGUUGUCACAGAUGACUGGACAUGCAAGCUGUGUGAUUUUGGAGCAUCCAGGUGCCUGGGUAGCACCACAAGAAUGUCUUUGGCUGGGACCUUUCCCUGGAUGGCACCUGAGGUGAUCCAAAGUCUACCAGUAUCAGAAGCUUGUGACACCUGGUCAUAUGGAGUGGUUCUAUGGGAGAUGCUGACACAUGAGGUUCCAUUUAAAGAUAUAGAAGGAUUCCAGGUUGCAUGGCUAGUUGUUGAGAUGGGAGAGCGUUUGACCAUCCCCUCAAGUUGUCCCCAUGUAUUUGCUGACCUUCUGCAAAGCUGCUGGGACACACAGCCAAAGGAAAGACCCACAUUCAGAGAGAUCCUGUACCAGCUGGAUAACAUGUUUGAUGAUGAAAGCCUCUCAGAUGAAACCAACUCAUUCUUGGAGCACAAGAAAGAGUGGCAGGAGGAAAUAGAGGUAACACUGAUGCGCCUCAAGAAGAUGGAGCAUGAUUUAUCUACUAAAGAGAGGGAGCUGAGAGAGAGGGAGCAGAAAGUCACAGAGAGGGAGCAGCACCUUGAGCAACAUAUCAAAGCCGCUCACCUUGACUCCCAUGAUGUGCAGGCCUGGAGAGAUGUUGAUGUGUGCCAAUGGAUAAAACAACUAGGCCAUCAGGGGAAUGUCUCCAGUCUAGUCCAGUAUUCAGAUGUGUUCUUACAGAACCAUAUUGGAGGGAAGCAGUUAUUACGACUCUCAAACCAGGACAUGCUAGCUAUGGGGAUAACAUCUGUGGGACAUAUCAUUGAAUUAAUGACAGAGAUUGAACUACUGAAGGCUCACAAUUACAGACUCCUAAACUUUCCACCUCUAGUUAAGAAAGAUUCAAGAAAUAGGGUGCCAUCACCAGUCAAUGAGACUGUUGCCAUCAAUAUUCUAAUUGGCUGUCACAUCAGAUUAGGAAAAUCUUCUGAGACUCACAAGUGGAAGAUGUAUGUGGAGGUUGACCCUGAGAAUGAAGCUGAUGAACUGAAAGUGGUGACAUGUAUUAAACACAUUAACAUUGUAUCUAAGGUGCCACCUUAUGACAUGUUCAAGAUAGCCCACCCUCCAUAUAUUAUGGAAAAGUGGCAACUGGGCAUCAGUCCAAGCAUGCUGGUAGAAUGCAUAGUUGCAUAUGAGGACAAAGUCAAGAAACCCAGGAAUACGAAACUCUCAUUCAAACUGAAUACUAGCUCAGGAUCUCAAGUAGAACAGAAGGCAGUGACCUUGACACUUAAGGACCAGACGGCUUUGAAGAAAGACACACAUACACAAUGGUCAAUGUCACGAAGUACCAGUAGUUCUGCCCUUCAAGGGGCAUGGAGCACUAGAAAUCUAGAGAACGCCCUCCAAUCCAACUGGGAACCCCCAAAAGGUAUCCAAGGUGAAUGGGCAGCAGUAGUGACAGGCCAUAAUAGUUCACCAUAUAGUCCAUACCGCCCUGUAUUACAGCCUGUACUUGAUGGAAGUAGACCCUCCCUAAACAUACAAACACAGAAAGCGGCUACAUCUGGUUUAUCAAAGUCUCCAACAGGCCUAUCCCAUAGUGUUUCUAGCCCUGCAAUGACAUUCCAUGCCACUCUUCAUACAGACAACACAUCAACUGCCUCCACUGCACAAAUAGAGUCCAGGAAACAAAAAGUUGACACCACUUCUAUUUCAACAUCAACACCAUCUUUUUCUUUAGAAUCAGACGAAGAUGUGCCAAAGUCAGAAAGUUUUUCAAGUAAUGAUAGUGGAAAUGUUAAAAGUGUCACAUAUGCUGAUGUUUGUAGUAAAUGUAAACAUGAGAUUUCGCCAAGCCAUUCUUCCAAAGUGCCAGUACAGAAUUGUCAGAGUAAAUCACACUCAAAUAGAAUGAACCUCAAUAAGGCCACACAGAAUAAAAAUCGCCAAUCACCAUCAAGAAGGGACAGUAACACUAAAGGCCCAAGAAGCCCUGCUUAUUCUAAAGGGAAAGUUCAGAGUCAAAGGAGAGAGCAACUUGAGAGUCCUAAUAGUUCCGAUAGUCACAGUAGUGACCCUGAAGGUAGACUUCAGAGGCAGGGGAGUGGACGAAUCAGGGGGAGGGGAAGGGGGAGAGGAAGACCCAGGGGACGUGAGCGAGGAACAAGUCAAUCACAAGAUAAAAGGAAUGAAUCUCCUUUACAAGGUGGGUCAAGGUCACCACAGAAUGAGGGCUAUAGGAGAAGCUGGAGUGAAAAUCACAUCAAAGAGAUUGAUAUUCCAGAUGCCAUUGUGGAAGAUCCUAAUAUAAGUCCACGAUAUAGGCGAGCUUUCAGUGGACCAGGGGGCAAUUUGCAGAGGGAUUUAGAAACCCCACAUACUAGUAAUAAAGGCAUGCAAACUCCAGAGAAAGGGUUCCACAAAACUGAAGAUAAUCAUGACAGGCCACAUACAAAAUACAGGACUCAACAAACAAAUUCAAAUGAAAGUCAGCAUCACGGUUACAUGCAGCACACUGAUGAAAGGAGUAAUUACAGAUCAUCUACUUCAUCAGGAACAAAUAGCAGAAGUGAUAAUAUUGAGAGAAUUACUGCUGGCACUGAAUAUUCAAGUCACACAUCAAAAUCAAGCAACGAAAAUCAGAAUGAACGACAAAGUCCACAUUCUCGAUAUAAUAAUCCCUCAAAUCAAUAUCACCACAACAACCAUCAUCACAACAGAAACGCACACAGAGAUUAUCAAAGAGACAUCAGGGGUCAUCAUAAUCAAUCUCAAUGUUGGAGAAAUCGUAAUUCAGGAUCCGGACUUAAAGUUUCAAUGGAACGCAACACAGUAUCUCCUGGUGGCCAUAGGGGGGAAGUAUCACCAGGGCUGGAAUGGAUGCAUAAUGAAGGGCUUCACUCAGAUAAACGCCCCCAGCCUGGGAGAUCUUCUUCCUCACGGUCACGCAACCAAGGUCAAGGCCGAGUCUCACGAGGCAGGCCUCGAACUGUGAGACAGGUCACAUUUGAGGAAAAUAAAAAUUUGAAUGAGACUGAUAGGACGAUGAACUUAUUGAAAGUGGAAAUACUACACCUGUGUCUUGUCUCUAAUUGGAUCUGUCAAGGCAACUGCAGUCAUCUGCCUACAGCCAAACAUAGUAACCUGAUUGCUAUAUGGUGGGACUAA